UACGACUCGCACUGUCUGAGGAGAGCUGCAGAGUUUGAGGAGAGCCAUGAUGUCAGAUUCCAGAGUGUCGUCUGUCAUCCAGGAGUGGGUGAGUUCGUAUCCAGGUCAGCCUCACAGCCAGACCCUGAAUCCCGUCGCCUCCAACCAGGCUGCACAGUCCAGUCAGAUGUCUCAGAUGGACAUGAUCUCGUACGGCCAGUCUCAUGCGGGGAUCAUCAGGGGGGUCGCUGACGAGAGAGUGGCCGAGCAGAUGAUGGGACUGCCCUACCUGUCCUACAACGCGUCCUGCCUCAGCAGCAAUCCCAACUCAGGGAGUUCAAACCACCACCAGGGCCACGCCGGCGCUCAGCAGGACUUCUCGCCCUUCCUGCUGCCCAGGGCCCCGGUGACCAAGAGAAGCAUCAGCAAGGACAGCGCAGAGUACCGCCUGCGGCGCGAGAGGAACAACGUCGCAGUGAGGAAGAGCCGGGACAAGGCCCGCAGGAGGAUCCUGCUGACCCAGCAGAGGGCCCUGCAGCUGCAGGACGAGAACCAGAAGCUGCAGAUGAAGAUAGGACAGCUCACCCAGGAGCUGGACACUCUGAAACACAUCCUGUCACAGCGGCACCUGCAGGGAGGCGAAGACGGAGCGCCGCAGGAGUCCGGUAUCUGACCUUUUUGCCCCCUGUCCCCAGCAGCAGGCCUCGCGGACGUCAGAGCUACCUGUCAGGAUUAGAUGUGAAUGUCCAAAAGACUGAGGGGAGGAAAAAAAAAAGUCUGUUUUACACUAACAUUUGUGAUUUUGGGAAGUGGAAAGAUUGACUUUAGCAAAGGUUUAAAAUUCGUGUUUGUUGAAGUUGCAUAACAGCAGAAAAAAAAAGA